CACUCCAAGACGAAUCGGAACCACGUGGAAGGGAUGGGGCACCUCGCUCGCAUGGCUGGGCAACUACAUAGGCGGGUUCCCCAAGGCGGCGAUGGACCCUCUGCUGGACCUCAUGUUCCUCCCCUCGGGGCUCGGCCUCAAUAUAGUGCGCUUCAAUAUAGGUGCCGGCUCCCUCCCGCAGUACAGCCCUCAGCUACACACAGACGCCCUGCUUAGAUGGCGAGGCAUGCCAGGGUACUGGCCUUCACACACUGGGCAAUUCAAUUGGACGGCAGACUCAAGGCAGCAGGCAGUGCUGCUGGGAGCCAAGGCCCGAGGGGCGAAUGUGUUCGAGGCGUUUUCUAACAGCCCCCCCUGGUGGAUGACCGUUAGCAAAGACGUUGCGGGAGGGUCGGAGAAGUUUCAGACUAAUUUGAAGAGUGGCUAUGAGGGGAGGUUUGCGUGGUAUUUGGUGAAAGUGGUGGAGAGGUUUAAAACGGAUCCGGCGUUGGGGAAUAUCGAGUUUGAUACACUGGAGCUGUUCAACGAGGCGUUGGAGGGAUGAAGGUUCUUGCGAAGGCGCUCGGGAAGAGCAUUUGGGUGUCCGAAUCUGGACCGUUGAACAAACUUGGGAGCAGCUACGAUCUCUCGCUCUACAUGAUGCGGAACGUGAUUGAAUCGGUGAAUAUUCUGGAGGCGUCGGCAUACGUCUACUGGCAAGUCUUCGACCCGAAUGAAGCAUGGUCGAUGUU